AUGCGAUGCAGCAAAAUAAUCUUGCAAUUCCGCCGAUGGGCCCCGAUCGGUGCAAACACUGCAAACGAGCUUAGUCCCGCGAGCAUCUGGACACUGUUGGGCCAAGACAUUGUAUGUCUAUCUUCCUUGUUUGAACGAAUCUCCUUUUUUUUAACGCUACAAUUAACGAUGGUCGCUAAACUCCUGGGUCUCGCUGCCGGGAUUCUCGCGCUGAGCGGGUUCGCAAAUGCCCACGGCUCGCAUUCAAGCGACCAAGCUCCCUCCGACGAUUGGGCCACGCGCCAUAUGAUGGAGGAACAUCACAUCGAAGCUUUUGAUCCCCCCUCGUUCUUCAUCCUCCACGACUACGACUCCUCGGGGCAAUGGACUCACGACGAAGUCCGCAAGACAUACGGAUUGAAUGAUCAAUCCAAUGCAGCCGUCAGUGAAGACAAGAAACAGGACGCUGUGCGCACAGUAUUCGCACUGUUUGAUCCUGCCAACACGGGGUUCAUCACCAAGGACGAUUGGCUGCAGGGUAUCGCUGCGGGUAAGCGGUUGCCCGACCUGGGCUUCGGUCCCGGGCACCAUGGUGACAUUGAGUAUGAGUACGAGAUUCACCACUUCGAAAAGUUCCAUGGCGAUGAUACCACUGAGGAGGACUUGCUCCAUCCCGAGGAUGUUGAACAUUUCAGACAGCACGACGAAAUGGAGGAUGAAGCUCUGCGGAUCGAGAAGCUGGAGCAAAUGCAGAUCGUCUUGGGCAAUAUCCCUCAGAAGUUCCGGCGAAACAUGUAA